CGGUCCUUCUCUCUUCCUUCUGUGGGAAGUCCACGUCGUCACACGAGGUCUAGCUAACCAGCUAAAAGUAUUAACAAUGGGCUUCGGUGACCUGAAAUCCCCAGCUGGACUUAAAGUCUUGAAUGACUUUUUGGCCGACAAAAGUUACAUCGAAGGGUAUGUUCCCUCUCAAGCCGACGUCGCUGUGUUCGAUGCUCUUUCUGGGGCCCCCUCAGCUGACCUCUGCCAUGCUCUGCGUUGGUACAACCACAUCAAGUCCUACCAGAAAGAGAAGGGCAGCCUCCCAGGAGUGAAGAAAGCCCUUGGUCAGUAUGGACCAGCUGGUGUAGCAGACACGACCAGCGGAGGUGGAAAUGCUGGUGGUGACGACGAAGAUGAUGACAUUGAUCUGUUUGGCUCUGAUGAGGAGGAGGAAAGUGAAGAGACCAAGAGGAUCAAGGAGGAGAGGCUGGCUGCCUACAAUGCAAAGAAGUCCAAAAAGCCCACAUUAAUCGCCAAGUCUUCCAUCUUGUUGGACGUCAAGCCCUGGGAUGACGAGACGGACAUGGUGGAAAUGGAAAAGCAUGUACGGACCAUUCAGAUGGACGGCCUUGUCUGGGGACAGUCCAAGCUUGUGCCAGUUGGAUAUGGCAUCAAGAAGCUGCAAAUCGGAUGCGUGGUUGAGGAUGACAAAGUGGGCACAGACCAGCUGGAGGAGCUGAUAACUGCUUUUGAGGACUAUGUGCAGUCUGUGGAUAUUGCUGCCUUCAACAAAAUUUAAAGCCCCAAAGCAGAGGUUGCAGACAUGCAAUAAAAAAGGCACUUCAAGAAUGGAA